AUUGAAGCCGAGCUCAAGAGCAGCAGCAACAACCACCAUUAGUUGCGUUUAGUUGUCAGGAAAGAUGGAGGUGCAGGCCGGCACGCAUGGCGACACCGCCACGAGCAAGUUCACGCUGCCUGUGGACUCCGAGCACAAGGCCAAGUCCAUCAGGCUCUUCUCCUUCGCCAACCCGCACAUGCGCACGUUCCACCUCUCCUGGAUCUCCUUCUUCACCUGCUUUGUGUCCACCUUCGCCGCCGCGCCGUUAGUGCCCAUCAUCCGCGACAACCUCAACCUCGCCAAGGCCGACAUCGGCAAUGCCGGUGUGGCGUCCGUGUCCGGGUCCAUCUUCUCCAGGCUUGCCAUGGGGGCCGUGUGCGAUCUCCUCGGCCCGCGUUAUGGAUGUGCCUUCCUCGUCAUGCUCUCCGCACCGACUGUAUUUUGCAUGGCGGUCAUCGACGACGCGUCGGGGUACAUCGCUGUUCGUUUCCUCAUCGGCUUCUCGCUUGCCACCUUUGUGUCAUGCCAGUAUUGGAUGAGCACCAUGUUCAACAGCAAGAUCAUCGGCACGGUGAACGGCCUAGCGGCUGGGUGGGGCAACAUGGGUGGUGGCGCCACACAGCUCAUCAUGCCACUCGUUUUCCAUGCCAUCCAAAAGUGUGGUGCCACGCCCUUUGUAGCAUGGCGAAUUGCCUACUUCGUGCCAGGAAUGAUGCACAUCGUGAUGGGCUUGCUGGUGCUCACCCUGGGGCAAGAUCUCCCUGAUGGAAACCUUGCGAGCCUCCAAAAGAAGGGAGACAUGGCCAAGGACAAGUUCUCCAAGGUCCUUUGGGGCGCCGUUACCAACUACCGGACAUGGAUCUUCGUCCUCCUCUAUGGCUACUGCAUGGGCGUCGAGCUCACCACCGACAACGUCAUCGCCGAGUACUACUACGACCACUUCCACCUUGACCUUCGCGCUGCCGGCACCAUCGCUGCCUGCUUUGGCAUGGCAAACAUCGUCGCGCGUCCUAUGGGUGGCUACCUCUCUGACCUUGGUGCCCGCUACUUUGGCAUGCGUGCUCGUCUCUGGAACAUCUGGAUCCUCCAGACCGCUGGUGGUGCUUUCUGCAUCUGGCUCGGUCGUGCAUCGGCCCUCCCUGCCUCAGUCACAGCCAUGGUGCUCUUCUCCAUUUGCGCGCAAGCAGCCUGUGGUGCUGUCUUUGGCGUCGCGCCCUUCGUUUCCAGGCGUUCCCUUGGUAUCAUCUCCGGGCUUACCGGCGCAGGUGGGAACGUGGGUGCGGGGCUCACACAACUUCUGUUUUUCACUUCAUCUCAAUACUCCACUGGUAGGGGUCUUGAGUACAUGGGAAUCAUGAUCAUGGCAUGCACUCUUCCUGUCACCCUCGUGCACUUCCCACAGUGGGGCUCCAUGUUCUUUCCGGCCAGCGCAGACGCCACGGAGGAGGAGUACUACGGCUCCGAGUGGUCGGAGGAGGAGAAGAGAAACGGCCUCCAUAUCGCAGGCCAAAAAUUCGCCGAGAACUCCCGCUCCGAGCGUGGCAGGCGCAACGUCAUCCUUGCUACAUCUGCAACGCCACCAAACAACACGCCCCAACAUGUGUAGGGCACAAGUUUUGUUUUCUACCUUCGAAGCAUACAUUUACGUAUAUACAUGCCUUACAUAUGUAUGGCUGCAAUCCAACGUGAUUAAUAAGUUGUAUGGGGAUUUACCUUUCUGCUAAACACUAGGUUCCAUGCACACAUGCAUGCGAACGAGGGU